GUUCGUCUCCUCGGCCGCCGUCUCGCCGUCUCGCGGGGUUGCAGGUUGCUGUCCGCGGGGGGGAACCAUGCGGGAGGGGAUGAGGGAGAGGGAUAGAGGUGGGGGCGCGGAUGCGCUGGACGCUCCUCCCUUCCGCGGCCCGGCGUACAAGACGAAGCUGUGCGCGCUGUGGAGGGGCAGGGGCGGCUGCUCCCGCCCCAACUGCGGCUUCGCCCACGGCGAGGCUGAGCUCCGGAGGCCGCCUCCCCGUGCCUCGUUCCAGCCUCGCCCUCGGCCUGGUAUACACCACGCGCUCCUCCCUCCCUACCAGACUACCACUCCCUUACUCUCGAUCCGUGCUUAGUUGGUCGUUUUAAGGCUUUGCAGCGCCUUAUUGUCUGCCUAGUGAUUUCGCCAUAGCCAAAAUAUUGUGGAUUUCCUGCGAAUCUGUGGUAUCUAGGUUUAUAUGGAUGUGGAUGGCUUCAAUCCAAGAGAGAUUAGUGUGCUCUUCUUGAAAGAUGCGCCUUCUGCUCUUCUUGAAAGAUGCGCCUUCUGCAUGUUCAUUGAAUCGAGUUACGUAUUGGGAUGAUUGGUUGUUGACUGGAAACAUAGCCCAUUGUUUGAAUGCUGGUUGCGCUGCAAUGAAUGACAAAUAGAAAUGGAAUCUGAAUCAUAUGGUCUCACGAGCAGAGCUGUUGGAAGAAUUGUAUAAUUGUAAACAACUUGCAAGAGCAUCUGUGGAGGAUGCACAAAUGGGUGGAAAAUGUUAGUAGCUGAUUGUACUCGGAGAGUUCGUAGUUUCUUCUUGUGGCCAAGAGACUCUGCACUUCAAUUGCGUAAUAUUAUGAUGGUUUGGCACCCGAAUCUUUUUUCACUUCGUCUUGUAUCUUCUUGUCUUAUGGUGCAUGUAUACUAUUUUUUCUAAGUAGUAUUUGAACUGAAUGCUGGCUGUUUCAGAACGCAAAAAUCUUCAGCAAGCCUGAUUUCAUUGCAGAAAAACUUGGCAUUCUUGCUGGUUAUUAUUUUGGUUACUACCGUUCAAGAUAGCUGUCUCUUUGGCAGAUUUGUUGAGAUUGACUGCUUCUAGAGGAUGUCAGUCCUAUUUUCUUGCUGGCCUGUUUUUCAGUUGGCAAUCAGUCAUUUAUGACCCCUCGAAUGCUUAUACUGUCUCAGAAGAACUUAAUAUGGAAGAUAUCACACACUUUAUCUUCAGUGAGAUUCAUGUUAUGGUCAAUGUGCUUUAACAAUGUUUUUAGAAGCUUUUACAGCUCAUUGAAACACGCCCUUUGAAUAUGCUGUGUCAAGUUAUAUUGUGUGGCUCUGUUCUUGCCUGUCCUUCAGUAUUAUCUCAGAACAAGGCAGUCAUAUGGACAAUGUAUGAACAGUGAAAUUAAAUUUAUUUGGUGAUAUUGAAGUUAUGGAAGAUUUUUCGACAUGAUGAUCAGAACAUGAUAUCAAAUUUUAAGUGGUGUAUUGGUAUUGCAAGUGCUAAUUUGGCGAUUGGUAUUCUAAGUGCUAAUCAGGCGAUUGGUAUUACAAGUGCUAAUCAGGUGAUUGGUAUUACAAGUACUGGUUCUAUUCCAAUGGAGAAUGAUGAUUCAUAAUCAUGUAUUGCUAUCUCCUCUUUCAUUAGUUGUCUUGGCUCUUCUGUUUUUUAUGGCAUACAUGGCUAUCCUCCAUAUGGCUCAUUGAAUAUCCUCUGAUACUUAUAAUAGCUCAUUGAAUAAUCAUAUGGCUCAAGGUUGUGGGAGGCGAGAUUACAGAGACCAAGACUUUAGAGUCAGGCCUGAGAGAAGACACUCACCUCGUGGGAGGUAUUCCCCUGAAAGAGAUAACAGGGGUCGUUCAGUUCGUGAUGGGAAACCAAGUUCUCAAGAUAGGGAAUCUAGCCGUUCAAGAUCACCUAUCAGGAAGAGCGAGAGAAAGCAUAGCAAAAGUCCUGAUGGUGGAAAAACCAAUUCUUCCGAAAGUUUCAGAACUUCUGAUAAUGAAGACAGAGAAAAGGAUGAAAAAUACUUUACAAGUGAUGAGAAAAAUGGUUGUGAAGCACAGCUGAAGCAAAUGCAUCUCGAUAUGGAAGCGUUACGUGAAGAUAAAUCUAAGCUGGAGACGAUAUUGGAGAAGAAGACUGAUGAAGAGCGCAAACUUUGUACCAGAGUAGAAGAUCUUGAAUUGCAAUUGAACAAAGAGAAAGAAGAUUGCCAAAGGAUGACCUCCAAAACAAAGAAGCUCAUCAAAGCACAUGGGCGUUAUAUAAAAGCAAAGGAGGAUUUAAAGAGGUCUCAAGCUCGCUUUGAGAGGUUUGCAGAUUUGCUUGCUUCAGAUAUUUUGAAGCCUUCUACCAAGGAACAAGGUUCAACUGGUAUUACUGCCAAUGAAGAUCCAUAUGAAAUGAGCCCACCAAGUGAUCAAAGACAAAAUCAUGUUUCAGCAUCGAGGAAAAGACCUAUUGCCCUAUCAGCAAGUGAAGAAGCAAAAACUGGGAAGCGACAGAGAGACAAUGAUGAUGAUAUGAUCCCAGCAUCAGAGAACUAUAGACCAGAGGAUGCUCUAGAACAUGUCCAAGAUAGCAAGGGAACUGAUAUACCAAAACCAUUUACAGCGAAGCAGAAAUUAGGGGAGGGUGACUACCGCGAGGAAGGAAACAUUGUUUCUUCAACCAAUAUUUUUGCAGACAGGUACAAGGGCGAUGAUGAGGAAGUUGAUGUUGAUUAACAAGCUGGUGAUGUUGGUGGUUCACAAAGAUUUAUCCAUAUGGAGCAAUUUCAACCGUUGACAUUGAUGUCCAACAGCUUCGGAAACUUCUGCGCAGUUUGCUUCGGGCAAUAGGCGCCCAGCAUAUCAGUAGCUAUUCUUGUGAAAAGACCGAAUUGUGAUGCUUCUAAACAUUAGUACAUGGUGGUAGAAUUUGUGUAAGCAUGAUGGUAGAAUUUGUGUUUUUAUGUUCCCUGAGACCUCAAGAGGCUACUAUCCUACUCAAAUACCAUGUCUUCAAUUUAAAAGAAAAAAGAAUCUGAUGUGGUCUUAACCAGUUUCAGCC